CGGCGCUGCUGUUUUUUGCUGUCGAGUCACCUCUGUGUGGUCAGGAUGGAGGAAAACGAGCUGCUACCAUGCUGAGAAACCACGGAUAACCCGACGACCGAGCAUCACACACCGGGGACACCUAAAGGACACGAGUCGCCGUUUUUGAUCCACGAACCUCCUGCGUCGUCUCACGUACACGUCGCCAAAAUGAUGGAGGAAAUCGACAGGUUCCAAGUGCCUCCAGUUAACGGGGAGACACAGCCAUUGGACCCAGCAGCAUCCUCCACCUCAGAGAUGAUCCCUGACACCAAGGGAGAGACUGUGGCCAUGAACUACAAACCAUCACCACUGCAAGUCCAAAUAGAGAAACAGAGGGACCUUGCCAGGAAGGGAUCAGUGAAGAAUGGCACAGUGGGAAGUCCUGUCAAUCAACAACCCAAGAAGAAUGCCAGGACAAGGUUGGUCGUGCCAAACAAAGGUUACUCCUCUCUAGACCAGAGCCCGGACGAGAAACCCCUGGUAGCACUGGACACUGACAGUGAUGAUGACUUUGACAUGUCCAGAUACUCCUCAUCAGGAUACUCCUCAGCCGAGGUGAGAUGUCUGAGGGACCAGCAGAUCAACCAGGACCUGAACAUCCAGCUCCUAAAGGAUGGCUACCGGCUCGAUGAGAUCCCAGACGACGAGGACCUGGAUCUGAUCCCCCCCAAAGCAGUGAACCCCACCUGCAUGUGCUGUCAGGCUGCUCCCUCCACAGCCUGUCAAAUCCAGUAGCACCAUUUUGCCCCCCCCCCCAAAAAAAUCUCCUGCCUGUCACCUGCACCGACGCCAACUACUGAGCAGAGUGGCUGCAAGGAGGAAAACUAUCAGCUUGCAAAGGCACAAAGGGAAAAAAGGAGGGUUUAUAAAUGCUAAAAUGAGAAAAGGAUAUACAGUAGGUGAAGUCUUGAGAAAAUGUACAGUAUCUGUGCACCUUCCUCCUAUGGUUGGAUCUGUGCAUUUCACUUCUGCGUAGUUGCAGGGCCUCGACUGAUGGCAGAAACUUUACCUCUAAUGACGACGUGUCACUUUUGCUUCUCCUUUGUUCGACAUCCAUGUCAUGCUUGUGGAUAUUUUCUGUUAUGAGGACGAUGAAGGAUUGUGCAACAUUGUGCAGGAAGAGGGACAAAAAUAGAAUGGGAUGACAGAAACUCUACCAAAUGCAUGUAAUGGUGACGAGGUGUCAUCAUCGGUAGUGAACCCACCCACGGAAAGUACUUUUUUUCUGCUUGUGCGUCAUUGAUGGUGAGAUUAAUGGACGGGAAUGGAUCGGAUGUUGUGGCCAUUGUUUUUUUCCCAUCAUUUCUUUCUGCCAGUCUGUUUUGUCUGCCCAUGUAUACGUGUCAGACAUGAAAGAUGAAAUGUGUGUGUCUGGUUAUGUCCAGGAAAGUAGUGCUAAACCAUUAAGUUACAAACACAAUCACAACAUCCAUCCAUCCAUCAACUAUACUGCUUAUCAUUUUGAGAGUUGGGGCCCGGUCACACAUUCACAAUUGCAAAGUGAAUAUCGCAGGUACACCAAGGUUGAACUUCACAAGAGGUCACACUGCGAUUUGCCUCGGCACAGGAAGUGCAUGUUUUAUUCGCCCCCUCGCUCGCUCAGAUAAAAGAUUUACAGGAAGCAAACACAUUUGUGAAUGUGUGACCGGGCCUUUAGGAUGAGGGUUAGCCAGUCUAUCACAGGCUAAACAAGCAUUUGCCCAAAACUACGAGUUGCCAGUUACCUGCAUGUCUUUGGACUGUGGGAAGAAGCCGGUGAAUACGCAGGCAUGGGGAGAACAUGCAAACUCCUCACAGCAAGGCCUAGUUGAACUGGGGUUCAAACCCAGUUGGUUCAAACCAUGCUGCCCCAUUCACAACAUUGAAAUACUAAUGCCAGAUUUAUUUUUUAAAUGUUUGAAUGUUAAACCAAGGUCGUACUGCUUAACUGUUCCCUAUUCAGUUAAAAGAAGCUGAAAACAAAUAGUUUUGCAUGUUGCCUGUUAACACUAUUGUCUAAUGAGCAGCCUGUGCAGAUGAUUCCUCUGUUUUUAUUGACCCCCCCACACACACGUCCUUGUGCUAAUGAGACAUUAUGUGAGGUGCACUUGGUAAUAUUUAGGUUUACCUACUGUAGUAUCAGUAGAUGUAGUGAUUUAAAGACAGUGGCAGGAACAGCUCACGAGUUUGUGUGUACCUGCUGUUGGUAGCCCCGACAUGAGAGGAUGUUUAAAUUAUUUGCAGAAGCAGGUGCCACACUGGUGAACGUGGUUAUAAAACACUUCAUAUAAUUAAGGGAAUCAGUGAAUGGAUAAAAGACUCGAGAUAAUGUGCAGAUACACUGAGAAUUGUUGAAUUUUUGAUCAUACAUGAGAAUGCGUACAAAGGGAUUUCAUGUUGCCUGGAUGGAAAUGAAAUGGGAUUUUUUUUCUGGUAUACAAAAGGAAUUUUUAAAAUGUUCUCCUUUCUUUUAAGUUCUGUUUUAAGUGUAUUUGUUUUCUAUGUUUGUAUAUUCACGCGUACUCCUCCUAGAGGUCGAAAACAACAUUUGUCCGACUCUGGGACAAGAAGUGUAUAUGUAGCACCUGACACAGCUGUGUAUUGUCAAUGCUUUAUGCCAAUGGAUAUUCUCCAUUAUGUUGAAAAGGAAGUAGUCCUUGCUGUAUAGAAGUACUGAAUACCCUUUUUUUGUUGCCAUGUUUACAUCAUUCUGAAGACAUAUCUGGAGCUUUCAGUUCAGUCAGCUGUUCUCUAGUCGAUUGCAUGUUAAUCUUCUCAGUGGAAGUGGGUUUCCCAAAAACAUUUACAUAUUUCUAACUUCCUUAUCUUUUUAGCUUUUAUCCAGCUAAUGGGAAAGAUAGCUUUUCAUAUAAGUUGAUCUUAGCAUUAGUUAAGGCAGAUCACUAUUAAUUGAGCCACAAUCCAGUAUGAAAGCUGACAGCAGCAGAUCUUAAUGGAAGCCCGCAUCAACUGGCGGCUCAGCUGAUCCCCUCCUAUUCAUUCAAGUGGCAAAGCUGAUAUUGCACACUCUAUUUAAGAUGCUUUAGCUGGCCCACUUCUCAACCUGCCUUUACCCCAGCACCUCCUUUUCAUAUUGAAUCUUACAAAAUCACUGAACCUUUUUGCUCUGAGGUGCUAACCACUGCACCACCUGCCAUUGCAAUUCAAAUCAAAUUAAUUCUGCUGUCAGUCCCCCUGACCGAACUACAGUUUAAGGCAUGUGUACAUGUUACACUGGUCCAAGUUAUUUCCUCAUGGUCAUGUGCAGUGUAUUGUGUUUACACUUUUACAUGGGAUAUUACAUAGUGUCUGCAUCUACAGUGCAAUCUCAUUUCUAGUAACAUGUUUUGAUAUAAAAUGGUGUUUUUGGGAAACCUCAUCUUUUAUAACUGAUGCUUUUCUCCAUGUGUUCAUAUAUUUCACCAUUCAUUGAAUGAAGGUUCAGUGUGUGAUGUACGACUCUGAAAUGACAGAUGUGUGGAUAAGAGAGGAAUCGCUGAUAGUGAUGCAUCAUUUGAUUUACAAAAGUACACAAACUGAUUUUUUUUGCAUAUAAGGUGCCAUAUGUGUAGAUAAUGUUACGGUGCAGUAGUUCAGGUGAUAUGUCACCAACGCCUCCAGCUGAGGUGUGUGUUAGAGCAGUGGCUGUAUACACUACAGUACAACAUUAACAAUGAUGAGGUCCUGACUGUGACUGAUUAUGGUGCUUCAUUAAUUUUAAUCAUUAAUAUCAUCCACUCAAACAGGUUGUGUGCACUGUACUCCUGAGAUUUGGACACUAAUGUAAUGCAUUGUAACAAGCUAUUUAUUUGCAGUUGCGUGUGUUUUAAUUUAUUUUUCCAUGUAUGGGAAAUAAUCCAUAUACAAACAGAUGCUUUUUAUUUGUCAGAUGUUUUAUUAUGAUGAUUGUGUACUGGUUCCAUUUAGGUUUUAACAGUGUUAAAGUUCUGUGUAUAGUGCAACAUAUGACAAAUAAUAAAUAUUAGAUAUCGGAAUUUUGAUGUUUCCACAUGCUUCUGUAAAUUCAUUGCACAUUUUUUUGCUUGAGACCAUAAACAGCAAAACUGUUUUCCACC